CCAGCCCUAUCAUGCAGCAAAAACUCCGAAACCACUGUUGCAGUAGCUUAGUAGCUUUUUUAAACUUCCUUCUUUCUUUGACUUCUCUUUUCUUUCAUACUUCAUGCCACCUCGAAGAGUGUCAAAAAGAAAAACGGUUUCUGCCAGAGCUACUGGCAAAAAACCCCAACAACAGUCGAGGAUCACCGAUCGUAAACCUCGGACAAUCAAGAAGCAUAAUGAUCCGCAAGAGACCAAGACCGUUAAACCAUUGGACGUCAGUGACAUGGAUAACGUUGACAAUGGUUACGACGACCGCAAAACCAAAAAACCGCAAAGCGCGGUUGAGUAUAUUAAACCUGGCAUCCACCAGGAACACAUGAGUCAAACCGAUAUUUUGUUACGCAAGUUUGAUCUCGACUAUCAGUACGGACCUUGUGCUGGAUUAACUCGAGCAGAAAGAUGGUACAGAGCACAAAAGCUUGGCCUGAAUCCACCACAAAAUGUCAAGGAUGCUCUUGACGGAUCAAACAGCCUGUGCGUAUUUGAGCUGUGAAAAAUCAUGUAAAUAAAAGAAAACUAAGUAACGGCUGUUGAGAUGUUCCGCACUGUUUGGUUUCAUA